AUGGAGUUGGAUUUGGACUUGCUGCGGAGACAGCUGGAAGCCGAUCCGUAUCAAACCACUCGCGAACUGACAGUCGCUCUUGGGGCAAGUCGAACCACAGUUGUUCGCGAAUUGAAGUCAAUCGGCAAGGUGCGAAAACUAGGUCGAUGGGUACCACAGUAUGAGAUGGACUGCCGCGCUGAUGCGGCACGUUCUCUCCUCACGCUCAAGUGCACCCUCACGUGGCUUGAGCACUUAGUCACCGAGAAUGAGAAGUAG